AUGGGACAGGAUUUUCAUCUCAUUGCACCUCGUCGUCGCGAAAAGCGAAGUUGGGGAUGCAGACCUUGUGAGGACCUGUUCAAUGGAUCUGCAUCCUCUCUUGUUUCCCUUUUUGCGAGACCCAUUAUCCCCCAAUCUCGUGAUGGGGAGAACAGUCACAGAACAGUCCUACCCAAGCCAGGGAAAACUAUUCCCCAGAAAAGGCGACUUGAGCCGGCCCAUCUUCCUGUUAAUAUGCCAUCUUCCCGUGCUCUGACGUGCACAACCAAAUCUAGAUCUAUCCUCAUUCAGCUUCCCACCGAGAUCCAUUACCAUAUUCUCGACUUCUUGGACUUGGAAGAUGUCUUUCUUUUGGGUCUUAGCUGCCGGAGUCUGUGGACCCUCGUGAGACCACUGAUCGCAAAACAUUUUUCGGGCUACUUAGGUGUUUGGGCAGGAAUUCCGGUCAUCUGUGUGGGUGAUUCAAUCGAACACGGUGGAAAUACCCAGUAUCCUGACGGCAUGCUCUCCCCAGACGAGUUGAAAGAAUUGGAUGAGGGCCUGGAAUUUGAAGAAUUAGAGAUCGAACUGGGCGGCGACCUGGCGGAGGAGUUGGCUGAUAAACCUGUCAGUUUGUAUCGAAUGGCAGACGCUCGAUACACCAGCAUCACCACAGUUACAACGAGUUUCCCGCACGAUCUCUUUAGGCUCGCCCUCGAUCUUCAAUACGGGCACCCUAGCCCGGUAGAUAUAGUCCAAGUGGCACAUCCAGAGCCACAGAGUUACUAUCCAUGCAGUGAGGAAUGGGUUCUCAGAAAUCUAACAACGCAUGAAUUUGUUCGACCCUCAGCAGUCGCAUUAGAUCAGAAGCACGUUCAAGGCCCGUUUAUCGAUAUACUAGGCUAUGGUGAAGUCAUCCUCUACAAGACUUGCUGGUCAACCUCCGAUUAUUCGUUGAUUCGGGGAAAAGAGAUGCAUCGAGGGGCUUGGGCUGGCCACGCACUCGAUAUAGUCCCCGCGACCCACCUGAGUGGUGAUACUUCAUGGAAAGAUAUUAGCGACAAGAUUGCACAAGAGAUCUCGGAAAUUUGGGGAGAGGUCUAUGGGGAAAACUGGAAAACCGAUCUGGUCACGGAACGGCGUCGCUGCUAA